CAAGCACCGACACACCGACACCGACCGACCGAGACCGGACCGAAGUGACACUCAACAAAUCUAACGAUCUGCCGUCACUGUGUAUCCUCAUUUGUGAUCAUUUGUGAUCAGAAGAAGGCUGCUUGUCAAAUUGGACUUCUGAUCCGUGCACCAUGGCAGCUGUCAGCCAAGUUUUGAAAAGAUCCUUUAGCUCCUCCAGUCCCAUGGCCGGUGCCAUUAAAAAUGUGACAGUUAUUGGUGGAGGUUUGAUGGGUUCUGGCAUUGCCCAGAUUGCUGCUGCGGCUGGCCAGAAGGUUGUCUUGGUGGAGACCAAUGAGAAACUCUUGCAAGGGGCCAACUCUCGAAUCAAUGAGAGCCUCAAGCGUGUGGCGAAAAAGCAGUUCAAGGAGAAUCCCUCUGCAGGGGAGAGCUUUGUCCAAGAGACCAUGGGCCGUAUUUCAGGAACCACUAAUCCGUCUGAAGGAGCUGCAAGCGCUGACUUGAUUGUUGAAGCGAUAGUCGAAAACAUGGGUAUCAAACAAAAGCUCUUUGCUACUUUGGAUGAGGCAGCUCCCAAACACACUAUUUUUGCAUCUAAUACUUCAUCUCUAUCCAUCACUGAAAUAGCUUCUCAGUGUCAGAGGAAGGACAAAUUUGGUGGUUUACAUUUCUUCAACCCUGUUCCCGUCAUGAAGCUUCUGGAGGUGGUCCGUACGAAUGAUACUUCAGAUGAAACAUACAAGAAAAUGAUGGAAUGGGGUCAAGAAGUUGGCAAGACCUGUAUUACUUGCAAGGAUACCCCUGGGUUUGUUGUGAACCGACUCCUUGUUCCACAACUUGCUGAAGCAAUUCGCAUGCUUGAAAGAGGUGACGCCAGCCCCAGGGACAUUGACACUGCCAUGAAACUGGGAGCAGGACAUCCUAUGGGUCCUUUUGAACUCGCUGACUAUGUUGGUCAUGACACUACCAAGUUCAUUAUUGAUGGUUGGCACGAGAAGAUGCCUGAGAACCCUCUUUUUAAGCCAUCAGAAUUGUUGAACAAGAUGGUUAAGGAAGGCAAGCUUGGUGUCAAAUCUGGAGAAGGAUUUUAUUCCUACAAAAAGAAGUGAUUGACCUCUCAGGUCUUCCUUCCUAUGCAACUUUUGUACUGAAACUUAGUAAGCAAACAAUUUUUGAGAGGCUCAUAGUAAAGAUGUUUGCCAUAUUUUUAUGGUUUGUAAGCAAACAAUUUUUGAGAGGCUAAUAGUAAAGAUAUUUGCCAUAUUUUUUAUUGUGAUACUGUUGCCAGUUUUCAGAAUUUUUAUCUUUUUUAUUAUCAAAUUUGGCUAUGAUUAUACCUUGAAGUAUUUUUUCUAUUUUGUCUUUUAACUGCUCGUAUUGUGUUUCUGUGUUCUUGCUCAAUAAAUUUUUACUGAUAA